AUGGUUGAUAUUGAUGUCAGCACCAAGGUUGCUAAUGGUGCUGUCAGCAUUGGUGUUGGUUGCCGUGACUCAAAAUUCAGAACCGAUUCCUCUUCCUUCCCCUCCCUCGCUCAACAAAUCACUCUAUUCGAAUAUAUCUACCUGACUCGGUCUAUUCCUAUCUAUCUAUCUAUCUAUCUAUCUAGCCAAUUCGGUCUAUUUUUUCUUUCUAUCCAUCUAUCUAUCUACCCAACUCAGUCUAUUUAUUUAUUUAUUUAUUUCUAUCUAGCUAUCUACCCAACUCUGUCUAUUUCUUUCUUUCUUUCUAUCUAUCUAUCUAUCUACACAACUCUGUCUAUUUCUUUUUCUGUCUUUUUAUCUAUCUAUCUAUCUAUCUGUCUAUCUAUCUAUCUAUCUACUCAGCUCGGUCUAUUUCUGUCUAUCUAUCUAUCUAGCUAUAUAUCUAAGUCUAUUCCUAUCUAUCUAUCUAUCUAUCUAUCUAUCUAUCUACCUUAUCUCCAUCUAUCACUGUCUAUCUAUCUAUCUCAGUUUAUUCCUAUCUAUCUAUCUAUCUAUCUUUUCCCUAUGGAAUGCGGCCCUCAUACCAAAGGGGAGAUAAUUACACUUCUAUCAUUUGAGGCGGGAUUUUCAUUUUGGGAGCUGGGCACUGGGCCCAGGGCUUUCACUGGCCAGCCUCGGAUGCCUGUGUCUGAACGAAACCGGACUCUCUUCUUUAAUUAUACGACAAACGAAAGAAAUAAGAGCAGGCGGGGUCUUUUCAAUCCCUCCUUGUCUCUCCACUUAAAUCCGAAGUUGGAAAGACAAGGUAAAUCAUGGCAGGUCAGAUAG